AUGAAGGCUUCGAUCAAGUUCCGGGAGGAGGCGCCGCCGCUGGUGCGGGCCAAGAUCCCCAUCGCCGUCCUCGGCCUCCCUUUCCUCUCCGGCUUCGCCGUCGGCGCUGGCGACGCCUUCCAAGAUGUCCGCUUCGACAUCGCCACCUCCUUCCGCGUGGGUCCUUCCCUCCGCCUCUCUUACCGUCCCAACGAUUACCGAAAGCCCUUUUUCCUCGUCCUCAAGACCGGAACCGGAACCCUAGGCUCCCCCUCCGGAAACUCCCCCCUCGUGAUGUCCGCUGAGUUCGGUCUCCAGAGCGGCCGCCCCGACUUCUCCCUUCGCCUCAAGCCCAAUUUCGGCGACUUCUCCAUCAAAAAAGUUGUGGAUGCCGCCGCGCCUGUCAACGUCUCCGCCGAGUCCCCUCCGGCCGUGGAGGUUAAGGUCUCGGCCUUCUGCGAUGAGAAAAACCCCGAGUUCGUACAAUUCCACGCUCACGAGCCGAUCGGCUCCGGAAAGAAGCUCAGCGGCGGCCCAAUCGACAUAUCCACUCUCGCGACCGGCCGAGGCGGCGGGAUCGACGGGCUCCUCUCCGGCUUCGAGGUCAGCUCGAGGAGCAUCCUCCGCCUGCCCAAACGCGCCGCCGUCCGGUUCAAGUGGGGACUUAGAGUGCCGCCGGAGCUCCGCUCCGCGCUCGACGAUCCCAAAGGCCCGAUGAUCUCGCUGAGCAAGCUCCCGCUUCUGUCGUUGAGCAAGAUCACGAUAGAGCGCUCGACGGCUGACGCGCAUACGGAGAGGAAGAAGCCAGUCGCCACCACCGAGGAUACAGAUGCCAGCGCCCGCGCCCUGCUGCGCGGGGACGUGGAGGCCCUGCGGUCCGAUAGCAUUCUUCUGAAGAGGGCCUUGGAGGAUCUUAGGGCGGAAGUCGGAGCUCGGAAGUUCACUCCGGCAGCUUCUGCAGCAGCACGCAAGGAGGAGCAGAGAGGCAACGGCAAGCCAUCGAGGAGCACGGGGAAGCCUGAGAGCUUCUCGGCGGAGGAGCCAAAGAAGCCGUCAGCGACGAUCCCCACUGCAAGGACUUGA